UAAACUAAAUACAAAUUAAAAUUAUCACCGAGAGAAUGCCAGCCAGGAGGAGUACUGCAGGGACGUCAAGAAACAGCGGCAAUGAGACAAGUCCACAGUCGGAGGAUCCCGCAUACAAGUUGAAAAGAAAGAAGAAUAAUGAGGCAGUGCAGCGUACACGAGAAAAGACCAGGCAAACGGCCGUGGAACGAAAGGAGCGCAUAGAGAAAUUGAAAAUUGAGAAUAUAAUGCUAACGCAACAGAUUAAAUCGGAAAAAGGACACAUUAGCACACUACGAAAAUUAAUCAUCAAGGGACGAACGAACGAAGAUCAAGAUCGUCUUAUUGAUGAAAUUCUAAAUAACACCGAUUACGGCAAUCAAAAGGACGACGGCGAUGAUAACGAGGACAACGAUGACAAAUGAACAAUUAUUUCUUAUAUACUUAAUAUUAUUCACCUAUUUUUAAGCAUUACUAACCAUCGUAUACAUCGAGCUUUUCCAUGUGUAAUGAGAAAACCUCGUCCAUUUCUUAAGUUGUUGUUGUCGAAUGUAAAAUACAAAUCGAAAAUGUAAU